AUGCAAUCAGACGACAUGCAUCGCAGGAGAAUCCUCGCCAGCGUCGCGGCCACCGUCAUCUCCCUGGCCUGCGGCACAAAUUAUGUCUACUCGGCCUGGGCGCCGCAGUUUGCUGAGCGGUUGAAGCUCACGGCGACGCAGAGCAACCUGGUCGGCCUCUUCGGCAACCUAGGCAUGUACUCGCUCGGCCCGCUCGUCGGCAUGUUCGUCGAUCACCCGGCCAUCGGCUGCCGCCCCGCCGUCCUGCUUGGCGCCGCACUGCUCGGCGUCGGCUACUUUCCGCUGCACCGCGCUUACGACGCCGCCGAUGCUUCUGCUGCCGCCGGCAGCGGCAGCGCCUCCGUCCCGACGCUCUGCUUCUUCUCUUACCUCACCGGCAUGGGCAGCUGCCUCGCCUUCUUCGCCGCCGUCAAGGUCUCGGCGAUCAACUGGCCGCAACACCGCGGUACCGCCACCGCCUUCCCGCUCGCCGCGUUCGGGCUCAGCGCCUUCUUCUUCUCCUUCAUCGGCUCCAUCCUCUUCCCCGGCGACCCGAGCUCGUUCCUGGAGCUGCUGGCCUGGGGUACCGUCGUGCUCACCGUCGGCGGCUUCGUCUUCCUCCGCGCUUACCCCCACGCGUCAACGGCCUCGUCGUCCUCGUACCAGGCCGUGCCGGGCGCGGAGCCGGGCACGGCGGGUGGCAGCGUGCGCGGGCAGCGCUUGCGCCGAACCUCAUCGUCGGGGCGCAACCACGCCACGCUUGAUGAUGAACCCGGUACGUCUAACAACUUCACUGCUGCCACAGCCGCACAAGUCACGGCGGAGCAAGCCGGCCCCGCGCUCGCCGCUACCCCUGUCCGGGUGGCGGACGAUGGCGCAGAUGCUGAAGACGCUGUACCGGACGAGUCGUCGUCCCUCAUGUCGGCAUCGUCGGCGUCGAAUCGCGAGGGGAGUGCACGUAUUGAUCGAGAUCCGUCCCAUCAUGUAGAUAUUCGCGGCUUUCAGCUCUUGACUUGCCUUGACUUUUGGCAGCUGUUCGCCAUCAUGACGAUUCUGGCCGGUGCUGGACUCAUGACCAUCAACAACAUUGGAAAUGAUGCAAACGUGUUGUGGAAACACUACGACAGCUCAAAAGGUGAAGAGUUUCUCGUCCAUCGACAACAGAUGCAUGUUUCGAUCCUUUCCAUCGGUAGCUUCGUUGGACGUCUUCUCAGCGGCAUCGGCUCCGACUUCCUCGUCAAGAAACUUGGGGCCAGCCGGGUGUGGUGCCUCGUCGCCUCCGGCCUCAUCUUCACCGUGGCCCAGCUGUGCGGCCUGACCGUCUCCACGCCCAUCUACCUCUUCCUGCUCUCCGGCCUCUCGGGCAUCGCGUACGGCCUGUUGUUCGGCGUCUUCCCAUCCAUCGUCGCCGAGACGUUUGGCAUCCACGGCCUCAGCCAGAACUGGGGCUUCAUGACGCUCGCGCCCGUCUUCUCGUCCAACAUCUUCAACCUCAUCUACGGCUCCAUCCUCGACCACCACAGCGUCUUCGACCCCAGCGGCGAGCGCUCCUGCCACGAGGGCCUCGAGUGCUACCGCGCCGCAUACGGCAUCACGUUUGCGUCGUGCCUCGUCGGCGUGGCCAUCACGAUAUGGGUCAUCCGCCACCAGUACGUGGACAAAGUAAAGGCCAUGGGAAAAGCCAACCUAGAGGACUAG